AUGUCAACUAAAGAAACUCUCGAGAUUAGCCCUAACGAACCUGCAAGUGAUAACGAAGCAACACAACCGACUGAAGACCAGUAUUAUGGUCGUAGUACGAGUGACAAGUUGGACUAUGCAAAAUCACUACUUGGUGACGUGGCUGUAAUUGGUGAAGUAGUUAAGCCUUAUGCGCCUUUAAUCAGCUCACUUACUGAUUCAAUCAGAAGAAUUUAUAAUUCUUAUGAUUACGCACAAUAUAAUAAAAGAAUUAGCAAUGUCUUACUUGAUCGAGUUGAUUGCGUUGGUGCUCCUAUAAAGGCUUUGAAAAGACGAAAAGACAAAAUUGAAUCGAAUUUCCUUAACCAAAAUUAUUACAAUGCUUUAAUUCGUCUUCUUGCUGUCUUGAAGAAAACUCAACAAUUCAUCACUGAUGUGUCAUCUCUAUGGAGCUUACGUAAAUUUCCUACAACAAAAAGUAUCAAAGAACGGUUUGAUCGCAUUUCAAAAGAAUUCGAUGAUGUUAUUAUGGACUUAAAUCUUGAAGUACCUCAAGAUAGAGAGUUACAAAAGAAAAAAGAUGCUCAAGCUCUACAAGCAGAUAUUACAAUAUUAAAUGAGUUCCUUGAAAAAAUCGGGAGUCCUGUAACUACUUCAAAGAAGCAGAUUAGUCCUAUUUUUGAAGAAAUAAUAUUGAUUAAAUCUCAUAUAAAUGAAAAUAAUGGAAACAAUGAAAUUAAAAUAACACAAAUACCACCCGUUGAACUGAUCAACAACACUCGUCCCAAGGCUAAUGAUCAAUACGGAAAUGUUUUAAAAAGAUUAUGGCAGACUUCAGGGAAACUUGUCGCUUGUAAACGAUUUGAUACUCAACAAACUCAGAAAUUUCAAGAACAACUUAUUACCGAAAAUUUGGAGCCUAAGAUAUCAAAUUUUAGAUUGUGUCGACCAAUACACGACGAUAAAGAAUUUAGAAAUGUAUCUGAUCCUCCUGAACAUUGGAUGGCUCCUGAACAAUUUCGAAAUGAUAAAAAAGUAGGAUAUUAUACAUAUAAAUGUGAUGUGUUCAGUUUUGGUAUGUUAUUAUGGGAAUUUGCAUUUGAGAGACUUUCAUACAAAGAAUGGAGUGAAGAAAAAAUAGCAAGGCAUGUUUUGGCUGGAAAUAGAGAAAGAAUUGAUCAAUAUUUGACUGGCUCCCAGCAAGAAUUUACUAAAAUUAUUCGUGCUGCAUGGCAAGAUGAUCCAGCGCUCCGUCCAGGGCUGUACAAGAUGUUUUUGAAGCUAGAGGCAUUACGUGUUGAAAAUCCAAAGGAUAAAUCAAUUACCACAUUGAAUCCCAAAAAAUAUGAUGAUAAUGAUGAAGUCAUUAAUGUUUUUACUGAAGAUGAAACUCAGAUUACUGAUGUGAAUGAACCUGAAUGCAUAGAUAUUAUUGAUGAACUUUAA